CAGACAGUGUUUAAGAAGAGUGUAAUUUCUAGUGAGGCCUGCUAAAGUGGAUAAAGCGGUGGAGGUAAUGUGUGUAUUUCAGUAAUCAGAGAGCAAACAAAUGCGAGGGCGUAAACCCACGUAGCCACAUACACAAAAGAGCUUGAAAAAAAUCUUGAUUUUUUUAAAAAUACUUCCAUUUCGUAAAUGGCAAAUCAGCGUGUGUGUGUGUGUGUUUUCCCCUUUUCAAUCAGAAGUGGAGGUUUAGAGAGAAUUGCAGGAAGCCUGUGUUACUCUGGCAUUGCCAUUUCCUCCUCUCACUCGCUCACCCUUGUGACAGUGUGUAUUUGAUGUCUGUGGGUGUGUUUAUCUUUUGUCUUUAUUAGCAGGAUGUCUAUGUGGGUCAGUUUCACUUCAGCCUUAGUCAUGAGACUGUGUGUGUUUGGGGUUACUCACUGAGAUGAUUCACUGUUUAUAAUAUCAACAUUUACAGAACAUGGCUUCCAGCUCAGUCUCGCCAGAGCCACUUGAUGUCCUUCAGGACAGUGACAACGAUGAUGGUGGAAACAACCUAUCGGGUCUGGAGGACGAGGACAACGAUGAAGAAAUUAUGGAUCUGGAUGAGGAUGAUUCUGCCGAUGAAAGUGAUGAUGAUGAGUGGCACACACCACCGGCGAAGAAGCCACAUGAGUCUGCUCAGUCAAAAUCUCCCCUGGCAUGGAAGACACCCGAAGACACUGACGUGGCUCCACCAACGAUUCGGUUCCGGCCUGCGCGACCUCCUGGGGUGCAACUGAAUCCGGCAGACACCCACACUCCUCUGGAGUUGUUCAAACUCUUCUUCUCUCCAGAUGUUGUGGCAACAUUGUGUCAGAACACCAAUAAACAGGCUGCCAAGAACAUCGAACAAGGGGGAAAGUACAAAUGGACUGCUUUGACAGUAGACGAGUUGUACAAGUACAUCGGACUCAUUUUUUACAUGGGCCUGAUCAAGCUGGACCACAUCCAAGAUUACUGGCGGCAAAACAACAUUUUUUCCAUCGCCUUCCCAGGGAUGGUGAUGACGAGAGACAGAUAUAGGACCAUUUCCUGGAAUGUGCACAUGAGCGAUCCGGAUGAGGACCAAGAAAACGAUAUUAGGCGGGGGACACCUCAGUAUGACCGACUGUUCCGGGUGAAACCGCUCAUGGACCAGAUUAGGGAGGCCUGCAAAACCUUUUAUCAUCCACAGAGAAACCUUGCAGUGGACGAACGAAUGGUAGCAACUAAGGCAAAGACGGGCAUGACGCAGUACAUGAAGAGAAAGCCCACCAAAUGGGGCUUCAAGUUAUUUGUAAUGGCCGACUCGAGCAACGGAUACACAGUGGAUUUUGCUGUGUACACGGGAAAGGGCGGCUCUUACACGGGAAAGGGCAGCUCUUACACAGGACAAGGGAUUUCAUACGACACUGUGAUGUCAUUCAUGGAUCAUUCCUUCUUGGGUUCCGGGUACCAUGUGUACAUGGACAAUUUCUACACGAGCCCAAAGCUAUUCAGGGACCUGCACGCUCAGAAAUUUGGCGCUUGCGGGACGUACAGGGACAAGAAGAAGGACUGUAAGGACGGCCUGAGCACUAUGUUGAACGCUCUCGAUAGAACGUCACGCAGGGGAGACUUCAGGUGGAUCAGGGAUGGUCCUCUGGUGUUUGUGAAGUGGAUGGAUGCUCAAGAAGUCUCCGUUUGCUCCACGAUCCAUGCAGCCUUCAAUGGCGAGACGAUACAACGGAAGGUGAAGACCCCGAAAGGGACCUGGGACACGCAGACAUUUUCAUGCCCUACUCCUGUCCUCAAGUACAACGAACACAUGGGAGGUGUGGACUUGUCUGACCAACUCAUCCAGUACUACACAACCCAGCACAAGACCAUGAAAUGGUACCGGAAGCUGUUUUUGCACUUCUUGGACAUUGCGGCUACGAACGCAUACAUCUUACACAAAGAGCUUGCGUCGCAACAACUGCGUGAUGCCUUGACACACAAAGCGUUCAUAGAAGAGCUGACUGCACAGCUGUGCGGCAUGUCACAGAAAAUCCCUUCAAAACGGGCCAGCUGUGAUCAUGUACCGGUGCCCGUGGCCAAACUGUCUAGAGACGUCCGUCAGGUGGCUUCGCAAGGUCGCAGGACCUGCGUCCUCUGCCGAUUGCAGCGUUCUAAAAAGCAUAACACUCCAUGGAAGUGUAGUAAGUGCGACGUUCCUCUUUGCCUACAGCUGACUAGAAACUGUUUUGGUGAAUGGCAUUGUAACUGAAGUAAAGUGAAAAAAAAUAACCACCUAUAAUAGAAUGGUGAAUAAUUUCAUUAAAGGGAUAUUUCACCCAAAAAUGAAAAUUCUGUCAUCAUUUACUCGCCCUCAUGUCGUUCCAAACCCAUAAGACUUUCGUUCAUCUUCGGAACACAAAUGAAGAUAUUUUUAAUGAAACCAGGGAGAUUUCUGUCUCUCCAUUGACAGUCCAUGUAACCAAAACUUUCAAGCUCUAAAAAUUCAUAAAGGUAUCGUAAAAGUAAUCCAUGUGACUUCAGUGGUUUAAUCCCAAUUUUAUAAAAGCGAUACGAAUGCUGUGUGCGAAAAAAAAAAAAAGUCUUUAUUCCCAAAAUAUCUUCACUUCCGCAUAGAUCUCCGACAUGCUAUGUUGACGAGAGAGCGGACGUUCCAGAUACAACUGGUCCCGGAAGCUCUGCACUGCUUAAAGCUUCGUUCAUUACAUUCUAAGUUGAUUUUGCUUUAGGUCUUGGUUUAUUUUUCAAAAUGGUGCUAAAAUAUGUUCUCUAGAUGCCAGACUCUUGAGAAACUUUCUCUGCUGUAAAAUAUAAAAUGUUUAUUGCUAGUAUUUAUUUAUAGUAUUUUACAAGGGACACUAGAAACAACCUAAUAUUUCCGAAAUAUGGUGUAAAAAAUGUUUCAGCAUUAAUAACUUAUUUAUAACUUGUACAAAUUAUCUGGAAGAUAUGUAGAAUACGAUAAAAAGCAAUGGGUUAAACCAUGGCUUUAUCAUAAGUUGCUGAGAAAACCCAUUUGGAAAAACUCCUGUCUGGUAUGCUUUUGUUUGUUUGGUGCAUGUCCUGUCAGUCAUUUUAUAGGCACUAUACGGGUCACCCAAGACCGUGUGAGUGAAACUUCAUGAACCUGGGUAGGAAUCAUUCAAAUGUCAUAUUCAUGAAACCAGUUUGGUUCAUUCUCAUGCUGGAAGUAGCCAUUAGAAGAUGAGUAAAUUGUGGCCAUGAAGAGAUGCACAUACUCAAAUAGGCUGUGGCAUUCAAGCGAUUAUGAUCGAUUGGUAUUAACGGGCCCAUAGUGUGCCAAGAAAACUUUCCCCACACCAUUACACUACCUCCACCAGCCUGGACUGUUGAUAUAAGGCAGGUUGGAUACAUGGAGUCAAGCUGUUGGCCUGACAUUCUGACCCUACCAUCUGUGUGCCUCAGCAGAAUUCAAGAUUCAUCAGACCAGGCUACGUCUUUCCAGUCUUCAACUGUCCAGUUUUGGUGAGCCUGUGCCCACUGCAGCCUCAGCUUUCUGUUCUUGCCUGACAGAAGUGGAACCUGACGUGGUUCUGCUGUUGUAGCUCCUCUUCCUCAAGGUUUGACGUGUUGUGCAUUCUGAGAUGCUUUUCUGCUCACCACAAUUGUACAGAGUGGUUAUCUGAAUUCCUGUAGCCUUUCUGUCAGCUCGAACCAGUCUGGCCAUUCUUCGUUGACCUUGCUUAUCAACAAGGCGUUUCCGUCUACAGAACUGCUGCGCACUGGAUGUUUUUUCUUUAUUGCACCGUUCUGAGUAAACUCUAGAGACUUCUGUGUGUAAAAAAUCCCAGGAGAUCAGCAGUUUCUGAAAUACUCAAAUCAGCCUGUCUGACACCAACAAUCAUGCCAUGGUCAAAAUCACAGAGAUAAGAUUUUUUCCCCCAGUUCUGAUGGUUAAUGUGAACACUACCCAAAGCUACACUCUUGUAUCUGCAUGAUUUUAUAUUUAUUGCACUGCUGCCACACGAUUGGCUGAUUGCAUAAUUGCAUGAAUGAAAUAAAAUGCUCAGUGAGUGUAAAUUUUAAAUAAAAGUGAAAUGGUUA